UUCACAUUUUCAAAACAGAGUUUCAGAUUUCCAGAUUCAAUCUCCAAACCAGAACAAUCCAUCAUCCAUGGCAGAAAUAUCUGAAUUACCUUCUCCCAAACCAGUACAAGAGCUUCUUAAAGAAGACAACCACGCCACAUUAGAAAGAUACAUCUACAAAGAUACAUCCAGUACUGAAAGUCAAUACGGAGCCAUAGAUUCAUCUGUUCCAAUCGCCGAUAUUCCAGUCAUAGAUCUUAUCAACCUUCUCUCAUCUGAAACGGAAAAAGAACUCGCAAAUUUCAAAUCAGCUCUCCUAUCCUGGGGUUGCUUUCAGGUAACAAAUCAUGGAAUGACGAUCUCAUUUCUUAACGAACUGCGACGAGUAGCGAAAGAGUUCUUUCAACUUCCGAUUGAUGAGAAGAAGAAAUGUAACAGAGCAGUUGGUGAUAUUCAUGGAUAUGGAAAUGAUAUGGUUAUUACUGACGAUCAAACACUUGAUUGGACAGAUCGAUUGUAUCUUUACUUGUUUCCAGAAGAUCAGAGAAAUCUUAAUCUCUGGCCUCAAAUUCCUGAAUCUUUCAGGGAAGUGUUAGAUGAAUAUGCUGCGAGAAUGAAGGAUGUUUAUGAAUCUGUUUUGAGAGCGAUUGAGAAAACGUUGAAUCUGGAGGAGGAUUGUUUAUUGAAGAUGAAUGGUGAAAGAGGGAUAAUUCAUGCUAGGUUUAAUUUGUAUCCUCCUUGUCCUAAGCCUGAUCUGAUCCUUGGUUUGAAACCUCAUGCUGAUGGAUCGGCGAUUACUGUUGUAUUGCCGGAUGAUGAGGUUGAAGGACUUCAGUUCUUUAAAGAUGGGAACUGGUUUAGGGUUCAUACUGUUCCUCAUGCUCUUCUCAUCAAUGUUGGCGAUCAGAUUGAGAUAUUGACAAAUGGGAUUUUCAAGAGCCCAGUGCAUAGGGUUGUAGCAAACUCAGAUAAAGAAAGACUAACUCUAGCAGUUUUCUGCGCUCCAGACCCAGAAAAAGAAAUCGAGCCAUUAGAGGUAUUGGUUAAUGAAGAAAGGCCAAAAGCAUACAAGAAAGUGACAAAUUAUCCGGCUAUUUAUUUUCAAUACUAUCAGAAAGGAAUGAGGCCAAUUGACUCUGUCAAGAUUUGAACCCAAUCCUCCCUUUAUCUUUUGAAUUUUUGUCA